AUGUGUAGUCGUGAUACUUAUCGAUCAGAUCAGGCAGGAAGGAAACGUAAAACCACCAGUCCCACCUCCGUGGCCUCACAACUCCGACCAUUAUCGUCACCGGCUAAGCAGCUCCGUUUGAUUGCUGAUAACUGAACAAUCAAGAAAGAAGAGUGAAAAUGGUGCCAGCCAGCCUUCCAAAAACAAGUGGAUUACGCUUGCUUUCUUACUGCAAUCAAAGCUACAGUGGUGGUAUUGCUUUUCGUCCUCUGCUUUCCAUAUGCUCUUCUGCAUCAUAUUACUACUCUGCAGCAAAGGCAUAUGGACAACAAAGGAGGAAUAAUAGUUGCAAUGAUAUAUCAAUUGCAAAUACUCCAUCUCUUUCUCUUUCUAUAUCUUCACUCGGGCGAAAAGAGGCAUCAUGUGUGAUAUCAAAAUCAAGCAGAACAUUUUGCACAGCCUCAAGUGUAGCUGCAGAUCCUUCUACUCCCCCAACUUCCUCAGAUGAUAACAAAGCAAAAGAUGAGGGUGUUGUUGAUAUGAUGAAAGUAAAAGAUAUGGCAAAUACACUAGACAUAAGGGUAGGGAAGAUCUUGAAAGCUUGGAGACACGAAGAGGCGGAUUCACUUUAUGUCGAAGAGGUAGACAUUGGUGAACCUGAGCCAAGAAUAAUCUGUAGUGGGCUCGUGAAAUACAUCCCACUUGAUGAUUUACAGGAUAAGAGUGUUGUGGUUCUGGCUAACUUGAAACCCAGAAACAUGCGUGGGGUGAAGUCGUCUGGAAUGCUUAUGGCUGCUUCUGAUGCAUCACACGAGAACGUUGAGCUCCUUGAGCCACCUGAGGGCGUGGUCCCAGGAGAGAGGAUAUGGUUUGGGACCGGAGAUGAGAAAGAUACACUACCAGAAGCUGCAUCGCCAAACCAGAUCGCGAAGAAGAAGAUAUGGGAGCAAGUGCAACCUCAUCUGUGCACAAAUGCAUCUUCUGUUGCUACAUUAGGAGGUACACAUCUGAUGCUAACUUCUGCUGGUUCAGUGGUAAGCAAAACUUUGAUAAAUGCAAAUAUAGCAUGAUCAUCACAUAAUGAAACCUCAAAUUGGUACAAAUAGCACUUCGGUUCUAUAAGAUUGUGAUUUAUUGCUAUGUAAUUGCGGCUUAGUGGAUCAAGUUUUUUCAUCCAUCUUUAACUCUAUAACUGACUGGUAUGCUAUUUUUUGCCUCCUUUAAGUUUAGUGUAUACUUGGAUACUGGUUUUCCUAGAAAA